AUGACGACAUCAAUGAUUGAAGAUAGAAAAGAAAUUGAAAGAAGAAAGUUUGAAUAUUUAGAUCAUCCAGCUGAUAUUCAAAUACAUUCAUGGGGAGAUAAUUUGGAAGAAGUGAGUUAACUCCUUUCAAAAUUGAAAAAAUGGUAAGAUUUUCAGGCUUUUGAAACAUGUCUCACUGCGAUGUUUGGUUAUAUGACAGAUCUUGCAACAGUUGAAGAAGAAUAUGAAUAUUAUUGGAAUGUUAAAGGAGAUGAUCUGAAUAAUUUAUUAUUUAUGCUCCUUGAUGAUGCUCUAAACACAUUCCAUGCCGAACCAAUGUUUGUCGCAAAACGAGUUCAAGUUGUUAAUUUCGAUAGAGACAAUUUAACGGUUAGUGUCUUCAAAACAUUUAGUAUUUAGAAAAUAUUUUUAAUUACAGCUUGAGGUUAAAGGAAUCGGAGAAUCCUUUAAUCUAACCAAACAUCCAACUGAAGCUGAUAUAAAAUCUCCGACUUAUUCAAACAUGCAAAUCAAUGAAAUUGAUGGCCGUUGUGAUAUUUUUUGUAUCGUCGACAUUUGA